AUGCUGCCCAAGGCGAUCAUCGCGAUUGCCGCACUGGCCUUCAGCCCAGCAAAUGCGCUGUGGCCCAUUCCUCAGAACAUCUCGACCGGAGACAGCGUGCUCUUUAUUGACCAGGCUGUCAGGGUGACUUACAAUGGAGUGCCGAUCAUCACCAUCGGUUAUAACCCACCGGCGAGCUCCAACUUCGACAGCAGGCAAAUCGUCCAGGGCGCUGUCUCGCGCGCUUUUCAAUCCAUCUUCAGCACCAACUAUGUGCCAUGGAAGCUUCACCCGCGUAAUAGCAACUUUGAGCCCAAGGUGGCCCCUCUGAACCGAAUCCAGUCCAUCUCAAUUCAGCAGACUGGCAAGGAUACCUCCAAGACGUUCAAGCCGCGCGCCGGAGACGUUGAUGAGUCGUACUCUUUGACCAUUUCCAAGAAUGGACAGGUCAACAUCAGUGCCAAGUCCUCUACCGGUGUGCUGCACGCCCUCGAGACCUUCUCGCAGCUUUUCUACAAGCACUCUGCUGGGCCUUUCUACUACACGACCCAGGCGCCAGUGUCCAUCACAGACGCUCCCAAAUAUCCCCACCGUGGCAUCAUGCUUGACCUUGCCCGUAACUAUCAAACCGUUGAUGACAUCAAGAGGACCAUUGACGCCAUGUCGUGGAACAAGCUGAACCGCCUGCACUUGCACAUCACCGACUCUCAGUCGUGGCCGCUGGUGAUUCCCUCGCUGCCCAAGCUGUCCCAGGCCGGUGCCUACCACCCCAGCCUCGUCUACACGCCUGCAGACCUUGCUGGCAUUUUCCAGUACGGCAUCAACCGCGGUGUUGAGGUCAUUACGGAAAUCGAUAUGCCUGGCCACAUCGGUGUUAUUGAGCUCGCCUACAGCGAUCUCAUUGUGGCCUACGAAGAGAUGCCUUACCAGUACUACUGCGCCGAGCCCCCUUGCGGUGCCUUUUCCAUCAACAGCACCAAGGUGUACAGCUUCCUCGACACCCUGUUCGACGACCUUUUGCCUCGCGUCGCGCCCUACAGCGCAUACUUCCACACCGGUGGUGACGAGCUCAACGCUAACGACUCCAUGCUCGACUCCCAUAUCAAGAGCAACGAUACCUCGGUUUUGCAGCCCCUGCUGCAAAAGUUCAUCGACUUUGCCCACUCCAAGGUCCGUGCCGCGGGCCUGUCGCCAUUUGUCUGGGAGGAGAUGGUCACCACCUGGAACCUGACUCUUGGCAGCGACACCGUUGUCCAGUCGUGGCUGGGUGGCGAUGCCGUCAAGAACCUGGCUGAGAGCGGCCACAAGGUCAUUGACACCGACUACAACUUCUACUACUUGGACUGCGGCCGCGGUCAAUGGGUCAACUUCCCUCCCGGAGACUCCUACAACACCUACUACCCAUUCAACGACUGGUGCCAGCCCACCAAGAACUGGAGGCUCAUCUACUCUCACGACCCUGCGGCGAACGUGUCCGCUUCGGCUGCCAAGAACGUCCUGGGAGGAGAGCUUGCCAUAUGGAGCGAGAUGAUUGACGCCAGCAACUUGGACAACAUCAUCUGGCCUCGUGGCAGCGCUGCCGGUGAGGCUUGGUGGUCCGGCAAUACCGAUGCCUCUGGCCAGCAGCGCAGCCAGCUGGACGUUGUUCCUCGUCUGAACGAGUUCCGAGAGCGCUUGCUUGCUCGCGGUGUCAGCGCGUUCCCCAUCCAAAUGACUUACUGCACUCAGCUCAAUGCGACUGCUUGCACACUAUUUUAA